AUGGUUCUGGAGGACGAGAGCAGCGACGACAACUCAAGCCUCCCGUACAUGCACUCAGAAACCUCCACCGAUGGGCUGAACCAGGUGCCUUUCUCUCUUGAGGACCCGGAUUACAAGGGUCUUGAGCUAGAUCUGAUAGUGUUGUGCGAGAAGCAUGGGAAGCCAUCAGAGAGGCUUGUUGCGUUUGAAGGAACAAUGACUGGGAGAAGGUUCUUAGCAUGUGCAGAGCCGGAAGGUCAAAAUUGUGGGUUUGUUCAGUGGGUUGAUGAGCAGUGGCCCCCAACAAUGGAGAAUGCAUUGCUGAAGCUUUGGUCAAUGGUUGAAGAGAGCAAGUCUGCUAGGGUGAAUGAUAAUCUUCAAAGUGCUCUAACUAUUCAUCAGUUGACAGAAGAAAAGAACAAGCUGGAUGCAGACUAUGACAAGUUAGUGAAAGAUGUGCAUCAACUUGUGGACUUUCAGCAGGAUAGGGUUGUGGAUUUCAGUUAUCUGCAGUCUGCUGUCACAUAUCAGCACCAAUGCAGAGCUGAAUUGGUGGCUGGUAUGAAUGCAGAAAUGGCAAAGAAAGAUGCAGCUGCACAGAAGCUUCAACAAAAGUAUGAACUCCUGUGCAACCUGACAAGUGCUCAAGCAACUGUCAUCCAAAACUUGAAGUUGAAGAAUAUGAAAGAGAAGGAAUUGUUGAGUGAGGCUAGGAUGAAUUUGGAGUUGAAGAAUGCAGAGUUCACAAAGUUUGAGGAGAAGCUCACCCAAGAGAAGCUAGAGUUGAAGCUCCAGGUUGCUGAUCUGCUGAAGCUCAAGGAAAACCAUAAUGAAGAGAAGCAGAUGCAAGAGUUUAAGAUUACUGAGCUCAUCAAGGCAGAGGAGAAGCUGAAGGAGAAGAUCAAGGGGAUCCAGGCCAUCUUGCAGAACUGA